UGGGCUGGUGUGGGCACAGCAGCAACACAUAAAACUAAAGAGACAGUGGUUGCCUUGGAGGCAGUGGCAGCCUGGGGUGACGUCACAGAAAGAGACCGACAAGGAGGCGGGGUUUAUUGGCCCGCGUUGGAUUUCUCAGCAAUCAGAAGAGAGGAAUGACGCCGACACCCUUGCCGUGUUCACUCAGCAGGCAUGUGAUUGGCUACAGAGUGAAAAGGGCUCCAAGUAUUUGAAUGAGGUCAGGGGCCUGCGGCGUGGCGGUGGGAUACCCUCUGGACACUGUUAAGGUGCGGAUCCAAACCCAAAGACAAUUCACCGGAAUAUGGCAGUGUGCAGUGGCCACAUUUUCCAAAGAAGGGGUGCACGGCUUCUUCAAAGGCAUGCUGCUACCCGUCACCACCAUCUCCAUGACGUCGUCCGUGGUGUUCGGCACCUACAGGAACUGCCUGCAGUGCCUGAAGCAGGCCAGGGGAGAUGCUCAUGGCCCCAACACCAAGCUGGAAGUCUUCCUCUCUGGCCUGGCAGGCGGAAUAAUGCAGACAUCAGUGAUGUCUCCAGGCGACAUGGUCAAAGUGCGUCUUCAGUGUCAGACAGAGUCCAUGAGGCGAGGAGGCGUCAAACCCAAGUACCGUGGUCCAAUCCACUGCCUGCUGAGCAUCGUCAAAGAGGAGGGCGUCCGGGGGCUCUACAGGGGCGCCGGGGCUCUCAUGCUGAGGGACGGGCCGUCCUUCGCCACCUACUUUUUGACCUACAGCAGCAUUUGUGAUUGGCUGACAGAGAGCGGCAGCGGCAGCAAAAAGCCAGCCUGGAGCGUGGUGAUGCUGGCCGGAGGCAUGGCGGGAAUGGCGGGGUGGACCGUCGGCACGCCCAUGGAUGUCAUCAAGGCCCGCCUGCAGAUGGACGGCGCCCGGGAGAGGAAGCGCUAUCGAGGUUUCUUCCACUGCAUCGCGGAGACGGCGCGCACCGAGGGCCCCGCUGUCUUCUUCCGGAGCCUGGGCAUCAACUGCCUGCGUGCCUUCCCUGUCAACAUGGUGGUGUUUGUCAUGUACGAGCUGCUCAGCGGCCUCCUGAGAGCUGCGCCCGACAGCGUGGACACCCCUCGAGUCGGCCUGGAAUAACAGUUUACCGCCUUUUCAAUCCGCACAUGUUUCAGUAUUGUCUACAGGCAAUGUCUCAAGCAACACAUGGUCAAGUACCGGCAAAAAUGCUAAGUCAUCAUGCUAACUUCACACCUGUCCUUUUAUGAUGUAUAGCGAAGCCUGUGGAAGGAGGUUUUCCCUUCAUGAAAAGCCAUAAGUUAAUACUUACUUACAUACAUACUUAUUUUGACACUUUAAUGUUAAAAUGUCAGGGCUGAUACAUACUCCUCCAUGUUUUAGCUUCCAUUGUAGCAUUUACAAGCUCAGAAACAAAAGCACUUGUACUGUACAUGAAGCAAUAGCUACAUAUGGCCGCCAGAGGGCGUCCGUCCACCAGCCAAUUGUUGCUGGAACAAGUUGAACAAGCUGCACGACGCACAACUAGCAACUAUUAUGCAGGUUUCAUCUUUUUAAAACCAUUACAUAAAAACAUGUAGCCUCAUCGUUGUAGUCGAAAUGUGGGAUAUAGUAAUGUUAAAUAUAUUUAGCAUUUAUGACAAUAAUGAAAUGUGCCUUUAAUGAUAAUAAAG